UUGUAGAAGAACCACAGAAGAGCCUGCCUUCCACAUCACAACAGUCAGUACCAGUCAGCCUUCCAGUGCAGCCGGAGGUCCGCAAACGAACUUUUAUCAGCACAGAGUCAGAGAGAACUGAAAUGGUGUUUGACCCUGAACUACAUACUCCUUCUCCACGACGCUCUCUCCGCACUGUCUCUUCCACUACCACGUCGUCUGAAAGCUACACAUCAAGGAAGAUUGUCAACAAUGGAAGAAGUGGGCUUGUGCAAGAAACCAUUACAAAAUCAGAGGAAGAGGAACCCAGUACUGGUGGCAGCAAGGUGGCUGCGACAGUUCGGUUGUUAGUCAAGUUGAUCUUCUUAGCCCUCAUUCUUGUUGGUCUUCUCUUUGGAUACCAGUAUCUUGAGAACAACCCCACGGAGAGUCCUUUCAAGCCUAUAGAACAGUUAGCUAGACAAGCUCUGGAAGCUGCCGUAGGAGAGGAAGAGGCAGCUAAGGUGGAGGAACCUGCACCAAUUCAAGAAGAGGUCCCACCUGCCCAGUCCUAAAGAUCUCUGGUACCUGAUACCAUCCAUACCAUGACCGUGUAUGCAUCCUGCCGAAACCCCCUGCCCACAAUCCCAUGAACAGACCUGGAUAUUUUUUUUUACUGAUAAAAGAAAGGAAAGAAAAAAAAAUUGGCUGCUCUUGUUUGCCAGGUUGAGUGCAGAAAGAUUUCUUAAGAACUUAGAAAACCUUUUUGCUGUAGCCCCUAUAUAAAAUUAUUUGUGUACAUCUUUACUUAAAUUAUUCUUUUAAUGGGAAAUGAAUAGUGCUAUAUUGAAGAGUUCUAUAGAGAAGCUGUUUGUUUUAGUUUGUAUCUAGUGCAGCGGAGCACAUAUAAGUUAGACCAGGAUUGGGUGCUAAUGUUUCCUCCGAUCUUUUGAAGUCUCAUAGUCAACUAAUUAUUUUUUAUCUCCCUUGUUUUAAGUUCAUACUCAACUUUAUUAUAGGUCAGCAUCACAAAAAGAUAGUUUGAAAGCAAAAGGCAUUUGCAGGUUUUUAUUAAAAAAAAAGAAAAUUGACUUUUGUUAUCUUGUUUUCCAUGAAAUGGAUACACAUAAACCACUGACAUCAGUGAUGCCAUUUGUGGUGCCAUUCUAAGCAUUAAUAGAUUGUCACAAUGGAAACUUUUUGUUGUCCCAACAAUAUUCAAAUUUUCUCUUCCCAAUUGGGUUAUAUAACUGUUUUAUACACAUUUGUUUGUUAUGAUCUCCAACUGCUCAUUUUAUUUCUUACUUAGCCAGAUAAUAUCUGUUGGACAUGAAUGAAAAUAUACUUACAUUUUUCCCCUCACUUUAUAUAUAUCUUGUUUGUUUUAUUCAGUUGCAUCCUUAUUCAAAUUGUGCUUAACAUCUUUCAAAACCAGUUACUGAUGGUAAUGAUAGACCUUGUAUAGAAAAGUUAAAUUUGAGGGACCUGAUACCAGGAUAUGGGAAGUGGAUUUUGUUUUUAUUUUUUUGUUUUUUGUGCUCAAAGGUUGCCCUUAUUAGAAAUUAGCAGAUUUUUUACCCAUGAGGAGCAAAGGCUCUAUGUUAGUUUCAGUAAUAUGGUGUGUGUGUGUUUAUCUAUAUAUUUUAUAGCACUUGUAGGAUGAUGUACAAGUUUUGCAUUAAUAUAAAAAAAAAAAAACUUUUCUAAAAACAACUUAAUGCAUGCUUUCUAUACACCCGUACAAUACUAGUUUGUAAAAUAAAAAUAUGAGAGAGUACAAGGAAUGUAUCCUGCUAUUCUUCUUUUAUUUUAACUGUUCAAAGUUGCACAAAGAUUCAUUAUGGAUUAUUUUCUCUGUGGCAAAAGUUUUAUGAGCAUGAUCUUCAGACUUUCACAUUAUGGGAAUUUUUGUUGCAAUAUUGUAUAGAGUGAGCCAUUGCAUACUUGCAUAACCUGGAAUAAAUGGAUUAUUAUUACUAAGGAUUACAAGUUUUAAGACUAGUACUCCUAUCCUUUGUCAUAUGAAAUGUAUUUGUCUCCUGUAUGUUGUCCGGAGAUUAAAGUGUUGAUAAUUUGUAAGGUGUUUGUUAUUUAUCAAAGUUCUUCAUUUUAUGUUAGUUUCCUUUUAAUUGCCUCUUAGCUUAGGCCUUAUGAUGUAUAGUGAUAUCUGAUAUGGCUUUAAAUUGAUUGGAAAUUUGACUACAUAUCAAAGGCCACAUUUUGUGAUUAGUAAGUAGUAAAUGUAUUGUCAGAUUCUUUAACAUAAAUAAUUUGAUA